CUCCUCUGCCAGGCAGACGAGAUCCUGGGGGGAAAAGGACAGCACAAAGGAGGCAAAGGUGACCAACACCAAGUGGUGGCCGAGCUGCAAGCAGAAACACCCCACAAGGAACAGCAAGCAAUGCGACCUGACCGGCUGGUGGGAGAGCAAGCUGGGCUGCAGGAUGCGUGUGUUUGCAGUCGACGGCCAGGGCAACUUCUCCAGCAAGUACCACACCGCUGUGUUGAGCACCCAGAAACCCAUGGAGUUGUCCUGCCUCGUCAGCUCCCAGCGCUUGGAUGAGGACAGGCAGUGCACCUUUGGCUUCACUGUCAACUGGAAGAAGUUUUCCUGCUCACUCCCGGGGGUGCCUGUUCCUGCCACCCUGCCUGAGCCUGGGCUGAGCAGCAGCACCAACUCUGAGUCCCCUCCACUCCAGUGCAUGCUGACCGGGUGCUGGAUCAAUGACCUGGGCUCCAACAUGACUGUCACGGCUGUGAACAGAAAAGGUGACUUCACCAGCUCCUACCACAUGGCCGUGACAGCCACCAUGAACAAGAUCUGGCUGUCACUGCUGCAGGGGUCCCAGCACCAUAUGAACGAGAAGAGCCAACCCACCUUCGGCUUCACCAUCCACAGGAGCUUUUCAGUCUCCACCACCACCUCCGUGGCCCAGUGCUUUGUGGACGAGGAUGGGAAGGAAAUACUGAGAACCAUGUGGAUCACUGAGGUUGACAGCCUCAAGGAUGACUGGAAAGCCAAUGGGUAG